AUGACAGACCAAGGCCUCAACGAUAAGCUCGACUGGCUCCUAGCACUAUUGGAAGCCCAACUCGAGCUCACCAGGCAAGGUCAACGAGAAGAAUGUCUUCGCCGUGCUCAUCUAAGUGGAGAAGAGACAAUUGAGUUCUCACCAUCGGGAGAGCGGGUAGGAGAAGAGCAGGAUGACAUCAAUUAUGAAAAGUACGCCUCACCCACCGGGCCAAAGUAUUUCAAACCCAGGGUGGAUCCAUAUAGUAGGACUAGGACGGAACCUUAUGUCCCAGACUUGGAGGAGGACCCUUGUGUAUUGGCAGAUCUCUCUCGAUCAAAGCCAAUCGCCACACCCUUUCCUAAGUUUAAUCUGCGAGAUGUGGAGAUAUUCAUUCUCGAAGCUGAAGCCUGGUUUAAGUUUAACCAGGUAUAUGAGCAAACAAGAAUGAUCAACCACAUGGGCUCUCAAUUGGAAGGGAAUGCAUGGGAGUGGUGGACCUCCAAGCUCCAAAUUGACAGGGCACGUGAAGGAAGGUUAUUCAAUGACUGGCACUACUUUACAGAGUGGCUGUCGGAACAAUUCAAUCCCCAGAAUGCUAGAAUGGAAGCCUACAACAAGCUGUUGGCUCUCAAACUCACUAGCAAUGCACCUGGUGCCGCCACAUGCCAUGUGGAAUGUUUCAGAGACCUGGAGGGACAAGUCAAUCUGGAUGAUAACAAACUCAUCAUUGACUUGUUCAGAGGCAGUCUCACACAUAGCCUGCAAGAAAACAAAGGAAAAGCAGUGUUAGAGCUUACAGGAAUGGUCCAAGACCAUCCUGCUCAUAUACUUGCCAACACUGGCACUGGCUUGUCCAUAGUUUCAGAUUCCUUUAUCAGUAAGUACUUAAUACCAACAAAACCCUCAAAAACAAGAUCGAUUCAUGGUGUCACUGGACACCAGCUCAUUAUCAAUAGUGCUGCGACCAUACAGGUGGUUAUUGGUGAGCACAGCCUAGGUGUAGUCAAAGUAUCAGUAGCUGAUACCACCAACUACAACCUUAUAUUGGGAUUCACCGAGCUCAGAAGGCUCAAGCCCACCAUACGAUGGGACACAGGCCAACUAGAGUUCAAGUCUCAGGACUGA